CCGCCCUCCGCAGCUCAGAGGCAGCUCAGCGCAGCGUCAGGCCGCGGGGAAGCGUCUCUGUCUCCGCUACUCAGGGAUGAGGCGGGCCCGCGGAUGUGACAGUGCUGUGGCAUCCUGAUAAAUCAGUCCAACCACCAUGCAGUGUUCUUGGAAGUCCAUGGUGUUGCUAGCAUUAGCCUCCAUAGCCAUCCAGUACACAGCCAUCCGCACCUUCUCCACCAGCCCUUUAAGCUUGCUGUGCUCUGUGGGCCUCGCACCAUCAGGCCUGACUCUCAACUGCAGCCCCAAACAGCUGAUGCAAGUGGGCCAGGAGACAGCUGGGGACGUGGAUCGUAGCUGUGAUAAAAGUCUCGCCAAUGCUAAUUCCUCCCCUUCCUUCUCCGUUCCUUCCUAUAAUGCCACCAAGAGAACCCACAUCCUCAUUCUGGCCACCACACGGAGCGGGUCCUCAUUUGUGGGUCAGCUGUUUAACCAGCAUCCAGAGGUCUUCUACCUGUUUGAGCCUCUGUACCAUGUCCAGUUGGCAUUACUUCCUCGACUGGCACAGAGCCGAAACCUGGCUGAGAGGAGGGUCAUGCUGGGAGCAGCUCGAGACCUGUUAAGGUCUCUGUACCACUGUCACCUUAACAGCCUGGAAAGCUACAUACAACCCCGUCCUGCUAAGCACUCCACUGACAAGCUGUUUAGACGAGGAGCUAGCCGUUCUCUGUGCUCCCCACCUGUAUGUGAGGCUCCACUGGGCCCAAAGGAGCAGAUCCUCGUGCUAACUGAUGAAGGGGAAUGUGUGAGAAAGUGUGGGCCGCUUAAUGUGUCAGUGGCUGCUGAAGUCUGCAGAGCGAAGCGCCAUGCAGCCAUCAAAACUGUUCGGAUUCCCCAAAUCAGUGACCUCAGGGCACUCAUUGAGGACCCGAGACUCAACCUGAAGGUGGUCCAACUUGUUCGGGAUCCACGUGGCAUCCUGGCAUCUCGUAUUGAGACCUUUCGAGAUACUUACCGACUGUGGCGUCUGUGGCGGGCGACUGGACGUCGACCCCACAACCUUGACCUAGGACAAAUUAACACAGUGUGUGAGGAUUUCCUCCGCUCUGUAUCCAUGGGCCUGGCAAGACCCACCUGGCUCAAAGGGAGGUACAUGCUUCUCAGGUAUGAAGACUUGGCCAGGUUUCCUCUCCAAAAGACCAAGGAGCUCUACAGCUUCCUUGGUUUGGUUCUAGACCACAAUGUGGAAGAUUGGAUCAUCAACAACACUCGGGGCAGCAGUGGUCUGUCAUCCUGGCAGAAAUUCACCACGGUUCGGGACUCUGCAGCGAAUGCAGAGAACUGGAGGGUGAAGCUAUCCUUCGAUAUGGUGGCUUACACCCAAACUGUCUGUCAGCCACUUCUAGGGCUCCUUGGGUACAAGACAAUCUUCCAUCCCAGGGAACUGAGAAAUCUCUCACACUCGUUAGUGGAGGACCGGACGUUCCUCCCGUUUUUUUAAACUGAUGACAAAUAUAGCCAACUGAGGUUUGGAAAACCAGCAAGACUGGACAGAACUGCAGUAUGGAAUAGAGACUACAUAAUCAAAGCUGUGAUCACUCCUGUCUGUGGUGGUGGAAGAGUUACCCCCAGAUCGAUUCAAACCUAAUAGUUCUGUAAAACAAUCAGAAGUCCUCUCGCUGGCAUUAGUGUUUUCUAGUUACCCGGAGAGGUCUGCCUAUCUCUUAUUGACUGAUUGCUUAAUUUAUUCAUUGAUUGAUUUUAAUUAUUUUUCAUUUAACCCCUAAGCCAUUGACUACCUCAGUUCCAGCUACCACAUUAAACCCCCCAAAUACUGUUUGGCAUAUAUUGGCCUCAUUGUGGCAAAUACAACCCAGCUAGAUAAUCUAACCCUCAAAUGUGCAGCCUGUUUGUACCUUGAGUUCCUGGUGAUUUAGAUUCACUUGUUUUUGUGUGUUUAUGAAAUGAUUACAUCAUACAGUGCACUUAGUGCAAUUUCACAUUUAAAGUUACUGUCUGGUCUUGCUCACAGAAACCAUAACUUCUCAUAAAGUGACACAGAUUUAGCUACUUUUCACGUCACGAUUACUGCAGUGACCACGCACAUGUGUGGCUUCUCUAUUAUGUGCGAAUUUUUCUGUUUAGAGCCUCGAUUUGUUUCGGCGGCGGUGGGACUUCUUUUUUCAGCGUUGGUCACAUCAGCUGAACGUUCUGUAUGCGUGGUCAUGUGAUGCUUUGAUUCAGCUCCCUUUAGACAGAAACAUUAGAACAACGCCAAAGAAAAAUGGUUCUAGAAAUAACAUGGAGUCAGUGUAGCAGGAUCUAUUGCCAACUGCAACUACAGAUGGAUAUGAUUGUGUUAGCUUUGAAGAAGCCCUUGUUUGCUAAUGAUCUGAGGAGUGCAUUUGAGGAUUAAGGGGUCACUCUUUUAAUCCAACCUUGUUAAUAAUGUCCAAGCUAUUGUAAAUGUAUAUUCUUGGUUUGAUCAUGUAUACACAUUUAUACAGAGCAGCAUUUACCACUCAGAUACUGACAGAUGUGAAGGACAGUGCUCCAACACACAAAAUCCUUUUUUUUUUCUUGUUUCUUAUUAUUAUCAUUAUUCAAAAUAUUCUCACACAGUAAUGUCUUUCUUCUCUCUAGAUAAGUUAUUUAUCGCACAACACAGUUUGUAUAUACAACAAAACAGUGAUGUACCACAUGAGCUUGCAAGACUGUCACGUGUUCCACCAUCACUACAAACUACAUCAAGACUUUGAAUUAUUUAAUUGUUGAAAUGACCUUGAAUUAACUCUUUAACAGUGGGCCAUUGCCACGAUACACCUGCUACCUGCCUUUAACAGCCUUUAACACCGAGCGUAUCUCUGCCGAAACAUCUGAUCAAACGCACUUUGCAUUCCCGUAAUUGCACGACUAUUUUUUUGCUUCACACCCAACAUAGGAUUAUUACAAUUACAAAGGUAAUUGUGUCAGAAGUCCACGAAUGGCAGGAUAUUUGAAAUAUGUUAGAGAUGACUGGUAAAACAAGUCCACGAUCAUACAUAUAAUUUUUUUUUGUUAAUUUCAGUAAGCAAUUUAGGCCACAGCAUCGUGGUCACGCGGAGCUGUUGACUGAAACCUUUGGAAAAAUCCUCUCUCACUGUUUGUGCUGCGGCAUGAAAGCAAUGAACAGCAUUUAUGAUCUCAAACAGAGCAUUUAAAUAAAAAUUUAUGAACAUGUAGAAAAACUUAACUGUCAUCCAUCCAUAAGCUAAACAUGAAACACAACUGGAACAUCAGAUGUUUAAACUAACUCAACCAUGUGUGUGUGUGUGUGUGUGAGUGAGUGAGUGUGAGAGAGAGGGCAUGUUAUUUGUGGGAAGGUGUCAACCAAGGACACUUCUGCAGACUUCUAAUCUUCAAAAAAAAA